AUGGCCUCAGAAUCCAAGCCUCCGCUCCUGGCUGCGCCGCUUGAGAUUCGACACAUAAUAUACCGUUAUGUUUGGACGAUCCCAAUUGACGCAGAUAAGCAUCUCGAGCGGUAUUUUCCCAGCUGCUUGAACGAGAAUUACUUCAAACUCCAGUUUGGGCAAAUCCACGCCCUGGUCUCAAUCUGCCAACAGAUGAGGGACGAAGUUCUUGCGGAAUACUUCCCUCGGACUCAAGUCUAUCUUCGAUCGCACCACCGACACGUCUUUGAUCGCCACCGCCUGCUUUCAGGUUACUAUGAGUCGCACCGCGGUCAUUUCUGGGAUCAGGAGUCGCACCGCAGAGGUUUUGAUCUGCGAUCGCAAGUUCGCAAUGGGCGUCCUCACUUUGACGCCAUCCACUACAUUAUACGCCCCCCCCUCUUCACUCAAAAUACCCAGCAUGUCAGCCUUUUGUGGAAGAGGUGCUUCUGCCCUAAAGAUAUGACCCCUGAGGACAUAGAGACCAGCGGUUACCACGCGCCUCUGGACUGGCUGUUGAAACUGGGCCAGCUCAAAACCCUCGAACUUGUCAUCGCCGAUCCAGACAUACGCACAUUCGAGGCUCUCAGGAUGCUCGGAUACGGCACAUGGACCAGCCUGGCGCGGAUUUUACCCUGUCGUAACUGCUUUUCUAAGCUUUUGAGGCUGCGCAAUCUGGAGAAGGUUGUUUUCAAACCGCUGUUCGACGAUCCAACCGUGGGACACAUACAGGGACCUGAAGUGAACAGACCAAAUUGGGUUGCGAGAAUCAAGAAAGAAGUGUCGGAUACGAUACUUCGUAAGGAUCCAAACCAGCUGGCAUCAUAUGUGGUACACAAGGGCGUAUCUUUGGGGUCCUUUGGCGUUGCAGGAUCUUGGGAAAAUGGCAUGGAGGAAGGAAUAUCUGACUUGGUUGAUGCUUACGAGGUUGAACGAGAUGACCACAGGCAAUGGGUUCGUAUACGAGUGAGAUACACGUCGUACCAAUAA